UCUGCAGCUCGCUGAACAUCUGCAAGCCAAGUUUUUCAUGUUCUCCCGCCUGUGAAUGCUGCCCAACUGCACCGAGAAAAUGGGCACAGGGGAUUAUCUCUGCAUUGCUAUGAGCGGAGGGGCGCCGUGGGGCUUCAGGCUGCAAGGGGGCAAGGAGCACAAGCAGCCUUUGCAAAUCGCCAAGGUUCGCAGCAAAAGCAAAGCAGCCAAGGCUGGACUGUGUGAGGGGGAUGAGGUGGUGUCUAUCAAUGGCAAGCCUUGUGGAGACCUGACCUAUGCUGAAGUCAUUGUUCUGAUGGAAAGCCUGACUGACGUCCUGCAGAUGCUUAUCAAGAGAUCCUCCAGUGGAAUAAAUGAAACCUUGAACGCUGAAAGAGAAAAUGGGAAGCACGAGAACAGAAAAAUUGAGGACUAUGGGGAGAACACCACACUGCAAAUGAACACAGAGCAAGAGAUUCCCCACGGAGACUUAUGCAUCACAGAGAUUUACAGUGGGACUCACCACGGAGCAGCAGAAAGCAACACACACUUUGCUGAAACAAAACAAGAGACCACACAAAGCCACAGAAUUGCUCCUAAAGUGAUAGCCACCCCUAAAGUGAUCGUGACAGACGAGGCUGGUGUCAGAGGGGUGGCAGAAGAAGGUGCCUUGGUUGAGCUGCAGGUGUCCCUCUCAAAUGACGCCCACAAGGCCACCAGUGCUCCUGCUGUGACUCUCCUGGGGGCAGAGGAGUUCCCCCCUGCAGGCAGAGGCCCCAGUGCACAGCAGGGCGGGAGCAGCCCCCUCAUCGCAGUUCCCCUGGCUGUGAAGGAGGGCAACAUCCAGUGGUCAAACAAAGUAGUCCACUUCUCUAGCAGCAAGGAGGUCAAGAGGAUCCAAGGUGCAGCUCCAUCUAUCCCCAGGGUGGAGGUGAUCCUGGACUGCUCAGACAGGGAGGAGGAAGCGCCCAGAUCUCUGUCUGAAAGGGGGUGUGUUGAUUCUCAAGUGGAAGGAGGGCAGACAGAAGCACCUCCUUCCCUCCUCUCCUUUGCAAUCUCAGCAGAAGCCACAGUGCAGGGAGAAGACAGCAAGCACUCGGAAAAGGAACACAGACCUCUCAAGCACAGGGCAAGGCACGCAAGGCUCCGACGAAGCGAGAGCCUGUCGGAGAAGCAGGUGAAAGAAGCCAAAUCUAAAUGUAAAAGCAUUGCACUGCUGCUGACAGCAGCUCCCAACCCCAAUUCCAAGGGGGUGUUGAUGUUCAAGAAGCGCCGCCAAAGGGCGAGGAAAUACACUUUAGUCAGCUACGGGACUGGGGAGUUGGAACGUGACGAGGACGAGGAGGAAGAGGGUGAAGGUGAAGAGGGGGACAAGGAAAACACUUUUGAGGUGAGUUUGCUUGCAACAAGUGAGUCAGAAAUAGAUGAAGAUUUUUUCUCUGACAUUGACAAGGACGGAAAGAUCGUGACAUUUGACUGGGACAGUGGUCUGCUCGAGGUGGAAAAGAAGGCAAAAAGUGGAGAGGAGAUGCAGACGCUUGCAGACACCACAGGGAAAGGGGCCCUCAUGUUUGCCAAGAGGCGGCAGAGGAUGGAUCAGAUUACGGCGGAACAAGAGGAGAUGAAGGCAAGCACAGUGCAGACAGAGGAGCACAGGGAAAGCACCAUGACAGAGAACUUCCAGAAAGUGAGCUCUUCCAUCUAUCAAUCAAAAGAGGAGGAAAUGUUGAGACAGCAGAGCUGUGUGAGCAAAAGCUACACAGACGUGAGCCAGAAUCACAGCAAAGUGGUACAACAAAAUGGCUUUGGCUUAGCACCUAGCACAAACCUCUCUUUUCAGUCCUCUGGAACUCAAAAGGCACCAUCUUUGAAUAAAACAGCAAAACCCUUCCCUUCUGGAGUUCAAAACCGAGCAGCUGCACCAUUUUCACCUGUAAGAAAUGUCACCAGUCCCCUUUCAGAUGCAGCAGCACCACCUCCUUACUGCUCUGUCAGCCCACCAGCUGAGGCUUUCUACAGACCUGUCUCAGCUCCUGUGGCCAGCAAGGCCGCCCCACCCGCAUGGGCAGCCACGGAGCCCACGGAACACAUCGCGUCCAGGGAUGAAAGGAUUGCCGUGCCAGCCAAAAGAACUGGGAUACUGCAGGAGGCAAAGAGAAGAAGCACUUCCAAACCCAUGUUCAAUUUCAAAGACGCACCCAAAGUAAGUCCUAAUCCUGCCCUGUUGUCCCUUGUACACAAUGCAGAGGGCAAAAAAGGGACCGGAGCUGGUUUUGAGUCAGGACCUGAAGAAGACUACCUCAGUUUGGGAGCAGAAGCUUGCAAUUUCAUGCAGACUCAAGCAUCUAAACAAAAGGGCCCUCCUCCUGUUGCUCCAAAGCCUUCACUCAAGGUGUCUCCUUCUGCUAGUUCUCCACUUUCACCGGUUUGGUCACCUUCAGCUGCAGCUUCCAACAAGCCUCCUUCUUUCCCAGCACCAGCCUCACCUCAGGCAGCGUAUCCUGCACCACCCAAAUCUCCACAGUAUCCUCAUUCUCCCGUCCAACCCCCAAGCACUCUCGACCUUGCUGGUCCUUUCAAAGGGCCUCAGGCCAGCCUGGCGAGUCCAAACCUUGCCCCCAAGGCAACACCAGUCACCCCAAGCUCUGGAGAAACAAAGCCUCCCUUUGAGAUGCCACCAGAAAUGAGUGGGAAAGGAGCACAGCUGUUUGCCAGGAGGCAUUCCCGAAUGGAGAAGUAUGUGGUGGAUUCAGAGACUGUGCAGGCUAACAUGGCACGAGCAGCAUCUCCAACUCCAUCUUUACCAGCUUCUUGGAAAUAUUCAUCUAACGUCCGAGCACCUCCACCCGUCGCUUAUAAUCCCAUCCACUGCCCAUCUUACCCUGCUGCUGCUACCAAGCCUUCUUCUAAAGCGCCUGCUGCUACCAAAAACACAAAAAGAAAACCUAAGAAAGGUCUCAAUGCUUUGGAUAUCAUGAAACAUCAACCUUAUCAACUCGAUCCAUCUUUAUUUACUUUCCAGCCUCCUAAGGAAAGCCUUGCCCUGAAGCAGACAUCGAAGCUGUCCCCCUCAAAGCAAACACUGCCUUUACCCACCUUCCUUCCACCUGGUGCUGGCUCUCCCACGAGGGCCCGGCCCUCCUCGGUGUACUCCGUGCCAGCCUACGGGUCCCAGCCUUCGUUCCCAUCCAACGCCUCUCUCCCAGGGAAUGAAUCAUACUCACCCACGGGCUACUCUGCCUUUUCUAAGCCAGAAACCACCACAUCCUCUUUGUUUACCGCUCCAAGGCCAAAAUUCUCAGCCAAGAAAGCUGGUGUCACUGCACAGGGAAGGAGCAGUGGGCGCUCACUAUCGCUUCCUGGGAGACCUUCCUCAUUCAUCCCUCGAGCCAUGUCUCCCACUUCUCCUCUUGUAUUUCAGCCUGCCCCUGACUACUUCAGCAAGCCAGACACAGCAGCUGACAAGCCUGGCAAGAGACUGACUCCCUGGGAAGCAGCAGCCAGAUCUCCCCUUGGCCUAGUGGAUGAAGCUUUUGGCCCCCAAAGCAUGCAGGAAUCCGUUGCUGCUAAUGUGGUGUCGGCUGCUCGCAGGAAAACGCUUCCUGAGCCACCAGAUGAAUGGAAACUUAAAGUUGCUUACGAGCCCCCAGCCCCGAGUGGUAGUGUAGCCUCACUGGGAGGGAAGCAAUCAGGGGUUCUGUCACCCCAAAAAAGCUCCCUGUCUGCCCCAAGUGCCCCGCAGGCUGGCCCUAAGCUGCAGUAUCCCUACUGCACUCAGCGCUCCACAAUGGAUCCCGAUACAAUGUCCAUGGAUUCCAGGUCUGACUAUUGCUUGUCAACAGCUGAUUCAAACUACAAUCCACAGCCAAGGGGAUGGAGGCGUCCAACAUGAGCAGCUGAAG